AUAGAUCUCGUACAGUUUAUGGAUUCCAACAAUAGUCAAUAUUAUCCACAACUAUUGAAUUAUUGAAUCCGUUUUUGAUUUCUUUUAAAUAAUAUUCUCACAGUAGUCGAUUACAAAUUUCUUUAAGGAAUUAUAAUAAUAGCAUUUUAAUUUUUGCAUAAACUCUAAGGAUGAGUGUAAGCUUAGAGAGCUGAGCGAUAAUACAGCUCGCGAUGCCAUUCGACAAGCCCAGCUUGAAAUUUGCCAACCAGUUCUUUGGUGAAUUUGCCAAACUCCGAAAGAUUGGCCAUUUUUGCGAUUUAGUUUUAAUGACAGAUGACCAAAAGCCUGUCUUAUGUCAUUCGAUUGUCUUUCGAGUUUGUUGCAAAGGGAACACAUGGAAAACUUCGCUUAAUAAAUUGUUACUCACACAAAGUGAUUUAGAAAAUCUGUUAUCUUUUCUUUACACUGGAAAGUUUAAAAGAACGGAAAAAGAUGCAAAAAUGUUACACAGAAUUUUACAGGAGAUAGAUGUAAAAGAAAAUUUCCUGAGUUUACUGUCAGACGAAAUGUCGAAAGGAAAUUGGAUUGAUGAAGAUCCAGAAGAAAUCGGUUUUUUCGAUGAGCCAGAAGAAGACAACAUAGUAGAAAAAUUACGUCCUGAAUUAUUCGAAUCGGAAUCUGAAAUAAUCUACGUAUCUAUGAAUGAUUACGCACCGGGUCUUUUAAAUUUAACUGCAAGAAAAGUUACGGAAACACAGAAAAAAUAUCAAUCAAUAUACAAAGAAAUUGCAGUUGCAAAAAAAGCUUCUUCAUCGGCUUUAAAUAGUAAAACUAUAAAGGCCAAAGAAACGGAGAAGUGUGAAAUGGAAUUUCAAACUGAAUUGGAAAGAAUUCUUAGAAAGGAUAACGAAGAUGAUGAAAGCGAUUCGUCUAUUAUUAUACCAACGAAAAAAAGUAAAGUUUCGCUUAAAUGGACCCCUAAACUCAGUGAAAAAGCUCAACUAAAGCAACAAAAAGAAGGGAUUAUUCAACAGAAAGGUUUUAAAGCUGUUGAAUAUAUUGUAGAAAAAGAUGGUAUGAAACGCAAAAUAACAAAAUAUACAUGUAAAUUUUGCAAUGCUACUCAAAAGACAGUUAAUUUAAUAUAUAUGCAUUUAAAAUAUUGCAAAAAAAAUCCAAGAAACAGGAGUAUCAUUGAUGCUAUAAGAAAUGAUAAUGGAAAUAUUGCUAAUGACGACCAAGAUGUCGACAUAGUGGGAAAUGUCGAAGAAGAGAAUGACGAAGAAGGGGAUCCUUUCCUAAUAAAUGCUAAAAAAGAGGAUAUACCCGAAUCUAUAUCGUGUGCUAUGUGCUAUAAAAAGUUUAACGUUCACGAACCCGAACAAAAUCUACAUAUUCACAUGUACAAUGAUCAUAAAGUAAAAUUACCCGAUGAACUUGGAGAGCUUUUGGAAGAUAAGUAUUGUGGAGAAUGUGAUCAAUACAUCUUGAAUCAAACACAAAAACACUUUGAGAGCCACAGUAAAGUUAUAUCUCGUUACGCUUUAAAGCAUCCAACUAAGAUUACCUGUGAUUAUUACGGUUGUUCAACUGUUAAGAUGCUGUAUAAAAACGAAGCAAUCAAGCAUUUUCGUGAAGUUCAUGGUCAUGACCAAACCGAAAAUACCAUGUGUUCAAAAGAAUACCUACUUAAAUGCAACUACUGCUCUGAAUUUACUUCUUAUAGCGAAGUUCUUUAUACUAUUCACAUGAUAAAUAAGCACCAAUUUAGACCAAUCUACCCGACACAUCGAGCACUAAGAUUUUGUCCAAGAGAUGGUUGUUAUUUUAUAGGAAUGAAAUGUCACGUUGAACAACAUCUUACCGAGGAACAUGACGAACACGACAACAAUGUUUUAUGCAAAUUUUGUGAUGAAUUGUUUACAUCGAAGAAAGAUAUGCACGCUCACGUUAAAGAAAUUCACAAAGAUGAAAUUUUCGACGAUCAAUUAAUGUGUGAAGACUGCGGGCAAAUCUUUAAAUAUCAGAUUUCAUUAUACGUUCACGAAAAUCGUUUUCACCUACCGUCCGGAGAUAUGGCCAUUGAACCUUACUUUUGCAAUGAAUGCCAACAAAUCUUUCAAAAAUAUAUUAAUUAUAAAACUCAUCAGUACAACAGGCACCGGAUACCCAUGCCGGAAGACCUUAAAGCUGAAUUAAAAGAUCAUUAUUGUAACGUUUGCGAUGUAUAUUUAAGAAAAAAUGCCAAGAAUUGUCUACAUCAGAAAAUGUCAACACCUACGGAAUUCUUUUGCGAUAAAUGCGGCAAAGUUUGCAAUAAUCGAUUGAGUUUUUCCAUACAUUAUCAAAGAGCGCAUCAAGAGAAAGAAUUAAAAUGCAAAUUUGAAAAUUGUGGUCAUAAAUGUAAAGAUACUGAUGAUUUAAAUAUGCAUUCUAUUCUUCAUCAUCACGGAGCACAACCCGAUAAAUUGGAAUGUGAACUCUGCGGAAAAGAAUUCACUCAACGAUAUAUUCUUAAUAGACAUUUACGAUCGAAACAUCACGCAGAACCUCGCAAUAAAUCGAAGAGAGGAAGACCUCCAAAAGUUACCCUAAGCACUUUAUCUCAUUUUUGAGUUAACCUACUUUUUAAAAUAUUAUUCCACAAAUCAAUACAAUAUUAAAAGCGUUUGCGAUAGCU